AUGGUGUACACUUCGUUGACUGAAGCUCCUCACAACCUCAAGGAGGCCAUAGACUGGUUGGUGGCCUUGAAGGGAGAUGAUGCUGAAAAGAACUUGGGUGCUAUGGGUGCGGCAAUCCACAAAUUUCUCGCAGACAAGCCUGUUGGAUUCACGAAGGUGCCAAAUCUCGAAGAAGUUAAACUUAUUACCAAAGAAUUCCUGAAAAAUCCCGCGCUUAAAGAACUGUGGCCCACAAAACAGGUGCUGAGAAGGUUCAACGAGGUCAUAUUUGAGGCACCAAAAGCCCUACACAGGUGGUUUGGAGAUGUCUACGAUAGCGAUUAUAAGAACGUCAUACAGACCAAGGGCCUAACUCCUGAAACUAUCGCAAAACAGUUAUCUAAAGCUGUAGAUGGUUGUGAGAAGUUCUUGGAAGAUGUAAAACACCCCGAGCAGUACGAGUCUGCUUAUAGUUCAGAAGCAACUUGGGAGAAAUCAUGUUCCGAAAAGCCGGAAGCUUGUGCAGUGGUCCUAGUGGGAAUCGCGCCAAUGUUGUACGCAGGUCUGCGUUCUAUGAAGGUUGCGUGCAAAGUUGCAAGACUACCUCAGAAGGUAAAGAUUUAUGUGCCAUCUAGUAGCGUGGGAAGUGUACUGCUAGCUGCUGGUUACCAGGAAAAGCAAUGGCCCACUGCAAUGACCCCUUUAUAUGUCGCUAAGGCGUUGAAAGGUGUAACUUAUCAAGUGUUGGUCACAUUCUACGACCUCGCCGGAUUCUGGGCGUUCUAUUGGUUUGGUAAUAACGAAUAA